AUGUUAAAUUGCACGACGAGCUAUUUUUGUUGAUAGAGAGAACUAAAACAAAGUUAUCUUUUGUUAUCAAAUAAAUUUUGUAAUAAAAUCCAUUUAUACCAUGGGUGUCUUAUUUAGAAAUUUAAUGUUCAAAAACCAUCGUUCUUGGAGUUCACUGAGGUGUUACUCAUCUGAAGUAAAACCAUUUACAUCCGUACCAGGGUUGUCUUCUUUACCCAUUUUGGGUCCCAUUCAUCAUUUCCUUCCAGUGAUAGGAUCAGUUGGUCCGAGACCGAAUUUUUAUGAUCUAGCCAAAGUUUUACAUGAGAAGUUUGGAUCAAUUGUUAAAUUAGAUGGAAUUUUCUCUAGAUCUUCAAUGCUUAUUUUAUAUGACCCAAAAGAUUUUGAUCAGGUUUACAGAUCUGAAGAGCCAAUACCAUCACGACCAGGAUUCGACACUUUAAAUUAUUAUAGAAAAAAUUUGGAAAAGUCUAAAUAUGAAGGAAUACAUAGUCUGACUACAUCUGAAGGUGUUCAUUGGCGGGAUACUCGUACUAAAGUUAAUCCAGUAUUACUAAAACCGAAGCUUGUGAAACUUUAUUCGCCAUUACUGGAAGAGAUCGCUGAUGAAAUGGUUCAAAGAAUAAAAAAUUUAGACAAAGAUGCUAGGUAUAUGCAGGAGAAUUUUGAUUUCGAAAUAACAAAGUGGUCUUUAGAAUCCGUAGCCGUUAUCGCGUUGGGAGCGAGGCUUGGGUGUUUUCAAAACGAUUUACCCGAGAGUCACCCGGCACGUAUUCUGAUAGAAUGCGCGAAGGAUAUUAUAAAUUUAUCUUGGAAAUUAGAAUUUCGUCCAAGCAUGUGGAAAUAUUUAGCAACUAAGAAUUUUAGAAAGAUUAUAAGGGCGUUUGAUUUACAGUGGGAUACGAGUGUUUACUUCAUCAGAGAGGCUGAGAAAAAAAUAAAAGAGCGAGGUCAUGAUGUACCUGAAGAAGAUAAAAGUAUAAUUGAAAAACUACUCAGCAUAGAUGAGAAAGUUGCUCUUGCGAUGGGAAACGAAAUGCUUCUAGCAGGAAUUGAUACAGUUUCUUUUACAACUAUUGGCCUAUUAUAUUACCUGGCAAAAUAUCCCGAAGUUCAAGAAAAAAUACGCAAGGAAAUUAAUUCCUCGGAGCCAAGUAAGAGAUAUCUCAAAGCUUGUUUGAAAGAGUCUUUGAGAUUACAUGCCGUUGUGCCGGCCAACUUGAGAAGAACAACGAGAGAACAUGUUGUGGCUGGUUACUUGAUACCGAAAGGAAUUGAUGUGAUAGCACCGAAUGAAUAUCUUUCAAAGCUGGAUGAACAUUAUCCUCGAGCUAAGGAGUUUAUACCAGAAAGGUGGCUGGUUGAAAAGUCUGAUCCAUUAUAUUAUGGAAAUUGCCACCCCAUGAUAACAUUGCCGUUUGGUUUUGGAGUAAGAUCAUGUAUUGGGAGAAGGAUCGCAGAAAUGGAAAUCGAGAUCCUUGUUACGAAGCUGUUGAAAAAUAUGAAAAUUUCUUGGAACGGUCCACCGAUACAAGUGGUGACUCGAUUGAUGAACUCGUUUAGAAAGCCGUUUUAUUUUAAAUUUGAAAGUAUUUCAUAGCCUCAUUAAUUUGUUAGUCUAUUCAUAUGUUUUUAUUACGAGUUACAAGAAAUGAGUACAAUUCAAAUGGUGAUUUGUUACAAUUAAACAUAAUGGGUGUAAAAAUUAUAUAUUAUAUUAUGCUGGUUUACGAUACUUUGCUUGAA